CAACAUGCUUUUUACAAAAUUUAUAUGGACAUUUAUAUUUAUUAGCAGCAGCCAGCAAGUAUUGUUGAGUUGUUGGUAUCUUUCUUUCUUACAUUUGCUGUCUGUGUGGCUGAGAUUAGAAACUGAUAAGUAUUUUUCAGUUUUCGUAUAGCCUAAAUCUGUCACCCUAGCAGAAGCAUCAACCAGCUCUGACAUACAACGUAGUAGUUGUAAAUAGUAUUAAGCAAUUAGUUGUACUUAAUUUUGUUCAUUCCAUUCACACCCUCUUAUCAAUUUUCGAGGCCUUUUCUUCUCUCCGCUCCUCAUAAGGGCUAUUCGGGUUUUAGACCAGUGGCGGAACCAGAACCAAGGCUGAAACCUUCUCGCAGAUUUGAAAACCCUCUGCGAGGCCUUUUAAAAGAAAUGAGUUAUAUCCCAAUAUAUUUUUGUUGGGACAAGAACUGCCCUUUUUCUUCAUAGUGUCUUAUCUUUUAAAGCAAAAUGUUUUCUUGAUUAGAGUAGCUAGUUAUAAUUCAAAAACAGCCAAAAGCAAUAUAUAAACGCAUAUCUAGGUUUCUGAGAAUUUGUAAUUAGGAGGGGGAGGUGUCACUGGGGUCUAGAUUCAGGAGGGUCAGACAUUGGGAUUAUCACAAAAGAGACUAGUAGCAGCAAAAGCAGAAGCAUCAAGAACAAGAUUUUAGGGUGAUAAUCGUGACACAUCCUCAUCUAGAUCAGAUCAAGGAGAGGCAAGGCAAGUGCGUAUGCUGACAUCUAUUAGAAAAAGAGAGACAGAGUACAUAAAUUAAACAGUGCAAGGCUCAGAAAAAGAAGAAAAAGAAAAGUGGUUCAUCCUUCAGAUCUGUUUUGUAGCAAGAAGAGGCCAAAAUUUUGGUAUGCAAAAGUUGAAAGUGUAAUGGGCAUGAAGAGUAACGGAGGAGAUAUAGUCCAAGUUGAAGGAGGCCAUAUUCUCCGGGCCACUGGCCGGAAAGAUAGGCACAGCAAGGUCUACACUGCCAAAGGUCCUAGAGACCGGAGAGUCCGCCUUGCCGCUCACACGGCCAUUCAGUUCUAUGAUGUUCAAGACAGAUUAGGGUAUGACCGUCCCAGCAAAGCAGUGGAUUGGCUUAUCAACAAGGCCAAAAAUGCAAUUGACAAGCUUGAAGAGUUGCCUCCAUGGAACCCAAUGGACGCUAGUACCACAGUACCAAAUCCAAACCUGAACCCUAAUGGGCUUCCACUGGAACAACAGCAAUCCCAAGCUUACCCUUUUCAUGAUAACCCAAGUGAUGAUACUAUGAAAUCUUUCUUCCCAACAAGCUCAGGAAUGAACUUUCAUAGCUACACAGGUGAUGUCAUUUCCAGAUGUUCACUACAAAAUAACUCCCAAGAUCUUUGCCUGUCUCUUCAGUCUCUACAGGAGGACAUCAACAAUUCCACCCACCCAGCUCCUGGUCAUGAUCAUCAAGGCCUUUAUUCGGGCCAGGCCGAAACAAACUUCCCAAGAAUGGUGGGCUGGGAUGGAGAAAUCAAACCCGCAGGAUAUUAUUUCAAUGCACAAACACUUUCACAACCACAAAUGAUAUGUCAAAGCUCUACUGCAGCAUUUAGCCAGAGGGAACCCCUUCAGUCCAGUUUUUCGCCUUAUGUUCGGGCUUGGAAUGACCUGCCAUUCCCUGUCUCUGACCAAAACCACACACAAGCACUAAUUCCUCACUUGUCAAUAUCUUCAGGCUCUCCAUACGCGUCUGCCAAGUUUUCGGGCUUUCAAGUUCCAGCUCGAAUUCAGGGAGAGGAGGACCACCCCUCCUCUACUCCUACCAAGUCUCGCAACUGAUCACCCCAACCUUGACGUCCAGUCCAUCAGUUCUUGUGACUGAUGAACGUACAGAAAUGGUUGUCACAUGAAGAUCAUUUGAAAGAAGGCCUGGUUGAAGUUGGAAGCUAAUGUAUGUUAAAAAUUUCAAAUUUCAGAUCAAAUCCUUCCCAGCUCAACAUUGUUGUUUGAUAGUAGUAUUUGAAUGUGUUACAUUUUUGUCCGUUGUGCUGUGUGUAAUGACGAUAGUACGUUGAGUUUGGUUGUAUUGCCUGGCUAGCUAGGCUAUGAAUGACUUUUCUGUGGGCAAUAGGACCAUCCAUGUUUUCUGCUUAAGAAAACUCAGUCUUAACAUUGUUGUUUCUUAACUGUUUACUGUUAUCUGUUUCUCACUUUGUCAGUUACGUUGUUAUGUGUAAGAUGCAUAUGUGUUUAUAAAUUAUAAUGCAAUAACUUUCUUUAUGUGUUUACAUGCAAUCACUUUUCUUUA